GCUUUUCCGUACGGCAUUCAGUCUCACGUUGAACUCUGCUGCUGUUUGUUGUCAGCCGGCUGGUGAAUUAACCCCCAGGACACAAACAGAAGCCAACCGAUUUGGCUGAGCCAACUGAGCCGCUCAGCCAGCCGAAGGACGAAGGACCACGACCACGACAAUUCGCGACGUGUUGUUUAAGACCAGAAACCCAGAAACCAGAGACCUCAGGUCCUUAAGGUGUCCUGUGAUCGCGUGACGAUAAUUGUUUGUGCAUCGUGUUUCGUACGAAAGAAAAAUAAAUUAACACUGGAAAAGUUCGCUGAUCUCUGUGCGCGAUUUUCCAUUAUUUUCAAUAAAUUGUUUUUUUUUUUUUUUUGUUUUUGUUUUGUUUUGCCGGCACCAGACCACGCACACACACACAGAGAGUGAUAAUGAUGGUGAUGAAAAUCGAAUCGAAUAACAAGUGAAUGCAACAAAUGCGCAUGAAAUGAAAAAUUUGUCCACACAAGUGUGAAAAACCGAAAAGUAAGAAUCAGAUAAAACUGAGAUAAUCAGCGAGCGAACGAGGCGAAGCCAGAAAACCCAAUCACCCAAAAUAAGCUGAGGGCCAAAGUGCUCCGAGAACGAACAUAUACCAUUCAACUUCGAACCGCAGAAAGUAACGAUUUCAGUCGACUCACUUUGGCUUGAUUGAUUGAUUGAUUGAUUGAUUGAACUGCGAGGCAAGGAGCGGGCAAAACAGCGACCAAAUGCAAGAUGAACCCGGAUCAACCGAUGUCAAUGCAAAACGGGGCGCCGCCUCCGCCCCCCUCGCAGCUGACCGCCCACACAAUCGCCGCGUCCACCGUCACCGCUGCCCCGCCCACCGGCUCCAUGGCCGCCCCCACAGCCCUGCACUACAACACCGGAAUGGGUGGGGGCAUUCCGCCCACUUCGUCCGCCGGCGGCACGGCCGGCAACUAUGUGUCCAUCGGCAUCCUGCCCAGCAUGUCGCCCGCCCAGCUGCCCCCGCUCCUCCUGCCCGCACCGCCACCAGCGACGACGACCUUCAAGACCACGCCCCUACUGCCCAUGCCCACGCUCGAGGACAUUGAGGUGGCCAACCAGACGGGCGGCCAGAGCGGUCAAGUGGUCGUAUCCUUGGCCCAAACUUCGAUGGCGCCGCCGGGCAUUUUGAAAUACCCCACAGCGGGUGGCUAUGUGAGCGACAUGAUGGCACCGCCGCCCAGCCUGCCGCUCUCCAUGUCGCUGCCCCAUCCGCCGCUGACCUCCAUUGCUGGCAGCACCGCCGGCAGCAACAACAGCAACAUCAGCGGCAGCAACAUGAGCAGCAACAGCAAUUGCGGCACGCUCAAAAGCAAUGCGAAACUCUUGCCGCUCCAAUUGAUGGCCACACCACCCAGCCGCAAGGAGCCGCUGACACCCGCACAUCCGCAGGCGGCCUCGAUUCAGGCCCAAGCGCAGGUGCAGCACCAGCUGCAGCAGCAACACCAGCAGCAGCAGCAACAGCAGCAGCAGCAACAUCAGCAGCAGCAGCAGCAGCAACAACAACGGCAGCGCAAGCGGCAGGGCUGGUGCUCCUGUUUCAGUUCGACGCCAGGAGGUGGCCAUGCCGGCGGUGGCGUUGGCGGUGGUGUUGCUGCUGGUGAGACCGGAAAGACGCCACCCGGAUACGGAAGCAAGGAGAAGAAGAAGAGCCGCAAGGCCACCUCACAAACGGUGUGGUCCGCCCUGCUGACAAACCUGGGCAUCUGCAUGCUGCUUCUCGCCUACACACUUCUGGGCUCCUUCAUCUUUCUGACCAUCGAGAACGAGGACUCGGCUUUGCUGCAUCAGCAGCACACUCUGGCCAGCACCAAGCGCAAUUUGGCUGGACUCGGGAUUGGUGCAGCGGGUAUCGGGAGUAGUAUCUAUCAGCAACAGCAACAGCAGCAGCAGCAAAGGACACCACAUCAGCAGCAGCAGCAGCAUCAGGCGGUACAGGGACGUCAUGCCGACAAUGACACGAUGGCCGCUGCAGCCGCAGCUGUCGCCGCGCAGGGAACGUUGGCCGGAAGCGCCAGUGCCGGCGGGCUCAAUCCAUUUGGCCAGCCCGCAUCCAGUGGCGAGUUUGUUUACGGCCUGGAUGGCAUGGAUGCCACCGAUUUGGAGGCGGGCGGAAUGCCCCAGUUUGCCCUCUCGCCGGACACAUACGAUGUGCGACAGCGGACCAUUGAGAAUAUAUGGGACAUUACCGUCUCGCUCAACAUUCUGUACAAGGAGAACUGGACAAAAUUAGCCGCACUUGAAAUAGCCAAGUUUCAAGACCAAUUAAUCAAGAGACUGAACGAGGAUGUUAUGCUGCAAUUAUCGCACGACGAUGUGGCCAACGCCCCCUCCUCCUCCUCCUCCUCCUCAUCCUCGUCGUCAUCGUCGUCGUCCUCGACGGGCGCCUCUGGUGUUCCGGGUAGCAACAAUCCGGCCACGGAAGCCGUGCUCCUUCACACACACUAUCACCAUCAUCGUGCCGGAGGCGUUGGGGGCGUGGCAGUGGGCGGUGGACCGCCGCAUGAGUGGAAUUUUGCCAAAGCGUUUUUGUAUUCGCUGACCGUUUUGACCACAAUUGGCUAUGGAAACGUUGCGCCGCGAACGACGCUCGGAAGGAUCGUCACCCUGGCGUAUGCCUUCUUUGGCAUCCCAUUGACCUUGGUCUACCUGAGCAGUACGGGCAGCAUUUUGGCCAGAGUGGCACGCGAGGUCUUCUCGAAGGCCCUGUGCUGUUGUCUCUGCUCAAAUUGUGGCUAUUGCUGCUACGACGAGAAGCGGAUGGCUGAGAAGGAGCGACGGAUGCGGCGCAAGAGGCAGCAGGAGGAGCUACGCAAACAGCAGGCCGUCAUGCAGGAGCCGUAUUACGUGAGGGAUGUCUUUCAUGCCACGCCCGAAAAGGAUGCAGGAGCUGGAGCACCGCCACCGAAUGCCGGCGGUCCGGUUGGAUCGGUUGGUGGUUUGGGUGACAUCGAUUCGCUCAGUGCCAGCGAAUCAAGGGGCUCCAUGCACGGCCUGAGUAUUUUGGCGCCCAUCCUGCUCUGCUUCUCCAUGAUGAUCAUCUACAUCGUUUUCGGUGCUGCCGUCUUAUAUCGCCUGGAAAAAUGGCCCAUUCUGGAUGGCAUAUACUUUUGCUUUAUGAGCCUGUCCACCAUUGGUUUUGGCGAUAUGCUGCCGGGACUGCGACGGGAAUCGAAUGCCACCACCUGGUUUUGUUCGGUUUACAUAAUGUCGGGCAUGACGCUAACGGCCAUGUGUUUCAAUGUCAUACACGAGGAGAUUGUCCAUCGCAUUCGCAUUGUGGUGGAGUUUAAGAAGACGAGUGCCGCUAACUCGGGCGGCGGUUUGAUCGGCGGCGGCAGUGUGUCGGGUGGUGCAGGUGGUGCUGGUGGAUCGAUGAUGGACGUGGCGCACGAGGAGGGUGGCCAGUAUUAUGUGCCGGCGUCUUGACACUACGAGAAGCGAGGUCAUCUCUACCAGCGCAACCCCACCGAAGAGACCCUGGUGACAGACACACCCACAUCGCUGGUGCUGAAGGACUACGUAAACCACGAGCUGGUGCCCAUCCUAACAAUGGACCCCAAUGGCGCCCGCCUGGCACCCACCCCCGCCCCCGCCUACACGCCCGCCAACACAUCGACGGGAAUGCCCGGUUCGGGCGAAGUGACCACUCCCGGCAACAGCUGCAUUGCCCACGGCAGCGACCCGGGACUGGGCUACUCCUCGCUGAGCAGUCCGCUCCUCGAUGUCAUGAACACGCCAACGGGAGCGAAUGCCUCUGGGGUCUAUACACUCGCCGAGGAAACGGAACUCGAGCUGCAGGAGACGCAGGUGGACAGGGAGCGCAUCUAAAAAUGCCAACGACGAAAGUAUUUAAUCGACGGAUCAGUAUUAGUUAGCGGUUAGCCUUAGACAUAGUCCUAAAACCCUAGAUCGAAUCGGUAUAGUCUGUAAAGUGUAAUGACUAUUUUUUUUUGUUUUUUUUUCCCUGCCACCCCAAAAGAAAAUUGUGCGGGUGUAUAUGCCAUAAGAAGAGUAAUAAGUGUGCGUGUGUGUGUAUGUAAGGGGGAGUCUUUUCCCCCACAAUAAAAAAAAACCAAAUAUGUCCCGUUGGACCAGCAAAAAGAUCGUAGCAUAUAAGGCAAACUAUCACUGUACAUACUAUAAUAUUGUAGCCGAGGCGAAGAUACAUUUCCAUAGCACCUAAGCAGAUCGACCGAUUGUAAACAGAUGCCCCAAAAGGAGGAAACUAGUCAAUGUAGUAAGAGUUGCGAAACGGAUUUAAGUAAAGAAUACCAAAUAGAAAAGCGGAAGGAUCGUAUGUAUUAAAUUAAACUCUAGGGAUUUGGAAAGCUUUCAAUAUGGGCUUUAUUACUAUGCUGUGAUAAAUUGAACAUUUAUUAUUGCAUACUCCUGAGUCCUUUUCCAGUUAUUUGAAAUCCCUAGAGGUAUUCGUAAGUGAUAUUGCCAAUUUACAUUUACCUAAUGUAUUCACUUAAGUUGUUCGCCAAUUUUAAAAUUUGUACACAAACUUCUGGGUGGAUCAUCGCCAAGAGUUAAUGUUUUAAUAGUUCAUACAACUGCAUUUCAAUUUAAAGAAAUAUGCUAUAAUUCGCAACUGAUUCUUUACUUCACUUUUCGAUCCAUUCGAAAUUACAUUUUCUAAAUAGAGAAAUUCCCCUUUUUAUGUGUGCAAGCAGGGAGCUCCAGAACGCAACUACAUAAUCCGCAUUACCCAUACCUAAUCAAGACACAUUUUAUACGUAAAUCAAGCUUAGAACAAUUACAAAAUAUGUACUUAAUACGAAAUAAAUAUGCUACACAUAAAACUAUAUAUAUUUAAAUAUAUAUAUGAAACUACAUCUAGGUAAUUGUUUUUUUUUUUUGUAAUUGUAAUAAGCAUAAAAUGGAUGAGUGGAGAAUUAAACUAUGCAUACAUAUUAUCAAUGAAUUCGAAUUCAUAAAUUUAAAUAAAUGUUUAAACUACAAGAGAAAACUACGAAAAAAAGAACAAACCAAACUUGCGUAACUUUGUAAAUGUUGAAAUAUACCCGAUUGUAUAUUUAUGACAAGUGCAGCAGUAAAAUAAAAUCAAUAAAAACUUAAAUGAGUAAAGACGUU